GGGGUACAGAGGAACCAGAGGAUGCAAAAACUGGGAUUAUAUGAUAAGGGCUUGUACAAACAAGCCAUUCCUUAUUUCUUCACCAACUUCCCUGAAGAAUGGAGCUACGCAGACAUGUGGAGAACCUUCUUAAAGUUUGGAAGGGUCUACGAUAUCUAUAGUCCAAACAGAAAAAGUAGAAGUGGAGGCAGGUUUGGAUUUGUAAGAUUCCUCAAUGUCAAGGACAAAAGGGAGCUGGAGAGACAGCUUGAUCAGAUAUGGGUAGGAGAUCAGAAGCUAUGGGUUAAUAUUCCAAGAUAUGAUGAUGAGAAGAAGGAAGAAAAUAAGGGGAGAAAUGGACAAACAAUGGCACCAAAAUUUCAGAGCAGGAGCUAUGCCAAGAUUGGCUUGGACAAUGGUUUGAAGAAGUUCAACCUUGGAAACCAAACUUGCUCUUGGGGGAAAUUCAUUUGUCUAGAUGACAGCACAAGCAACAAAAGGAGGUUUGACAUAUCCAAAUUUCUGAUCUCAACUCCAAUUAUGGAUACAAUUUCAGUUACACGCCAAGUUAAAGUCAAUGGGGUGUUGUUCAAUAUUAAGUUUAAAGAGGAAGAGUUCACCAACAGUUUUUUCUCUUUGAAACAAGAUUUCAUACCCUCAUUUCACAGUGAUUCAGAGGAUCACGAAUCAUGGUCACUGGGUACUGAUACGGAUGCCAUGAAGGAAGGGUUUGAAAAAACCCAAGAACCGGGUGAAGAGAGCAGCACAGAAGCAGGGGAAGAAGAUGAUGAGCGGACAGAGCAGAUCCGGAAGAGGAAGAAAAGGAAAAGUCAUUCUUGCAGAUCAUUGUACUCCAACGCUGCAAAUGCUGUUGUAGAAAGCCAGAGAAGGAACUCCCAAGGAAGGAAACAAACUCAAGGAAAGGAAGGAAAGGAAGGAAACAAAAUAUUUGGAUUUUGGGAAGAUAUACGAGUUGAGAAAAAGGGAGUUUUAAAUUAUGGUUGAAUUUCGUGUGAAGCUCAUUAGUUAGUAAAUUUGUGAGGUUGUGCUAAUAAUUCUAGUAAGGUUUGAAUGUAUUUAUUUGGAAUAUUAGGUGUUGUUAUGGCUUAGAGCACUUGGAUUGAGUCUUCGGUUUUAUGCGAGUGAGGUAAGUAAAUUAUGGUAAUGCCU